UGAGCCCUCUGUGUACAGGGAUCACUGGCAACACAGCACAGUGCCCAGUAUGAACCCGCUGGACACUUCUGUUACAAUGGAGAAUUACCAGGUGCUGAGGGUUAUAGGAGAGGGCUCGUUCGGCAGAGCUCUUCUCGUGAGCCACCUAAACGCCGCCGAUAAGUAUGUAAUGAAAGAAAUCAGACUUCCAAAGUCUUCAGCUGCAAUUAAAGAGUCCAGACAAGAAGCGAUUCUCCUGGCGAAGAUGAAACAUCCCAAUAUAGUGAAAUUCCGGGAGGCGUUCGAAGCGGAUGACCACCUGUAUAUAGUGAUGGAAUACUGUGAUCGGGGCGAUCUGCUGGAGACCAUUAAACUUCAGAGAGGAAAGCUGUUUCCAGAACACACAAUCCUCCACUGGUUUGUUCAGAUAUGUCUGGCCAUACAGCAUGUUCAUGAGAAACGAGUGCUGCACAGAGACAUUAAGUCAAAGAAUAUUUUCCUUACACAAAGAAGAACCAUAAAGUUGGGGGACUUUGGAUCAGCACGUGUUCUCUCCAGUCCAAUGGCCUAUGCCUGUACAUAUGUUGGGACACCUUAUUACGUUCCUCCUGAGAUCUGGGAAAACUUACCCUACAAUAAUAAAAGUGAUAUCUGGUCAUUGGGAUGUGUGCUAUAUGAAAUCUGCACCUUGAAACACCCAUUUCAAGCCGGCAGUUGGAAAAAUCUAAUUAUGAAGAUCUGCCACGGGACCUACAGUCCACUGCCUUCCCAAUACUCAUAUGAAUUGCGGAGUCUAAUUAAACAGAUAUUUCGUAAAGAUCCCCGCCAGCGGCCUUCAGUCAACACUAUUCUCAAGAGAAGAGGACUACUAAAAAUGGUGAAUUUGUGUGUAUCUUCCCAGAUUGACGACACCUCAGGCCUCCCAAAUGAUGAAUCUACCUCAAUGAUCCAGUCUAUGAAGGAACAGCAGGGAGCUUCUUCAGACGCACAACAGUCCGCUUCACCAGCAGCAGAUAGGAAACAAUGGGAGAAAGGAGCAACAGACACCGUAUUAAAUGUUCUAGAAAAUGCUCCUAUCCUCACAUCAAGCAUUGAAGCAAGCAGAAGUGAAGGAGGCCACGUUAUAAAGUAUGAUCUGAAGGAAAAGAGGAAGGAAUGGAAUAAGGAGGCACCAGAAACUCUUAUUAAUAUCUUGCAUAACCUGGAUCUCUGUUCGGCAUUUAAGACUUACACCAUCUUUAGAUCUACAGAAGACCCAAAAGAUUGUCUGAAGGGUCCACUCUUUAACAAUAUUCAAGCUCCAGAUGCCACAGACAGCAGGGAAGAAGAAAUUGAGAUGGAUCCUGAGAGGCUGGAGUCGAGAUCUGAUGAUGAAGACACGGAUUUUGAGGAAGAUGAGGUGGAUCCAGACUGGGUGUCAGAACUGCAGAAAGUGACCGAUUCUCAGUAAAGCUGGAGACCAUACUGGGACAUGCACUGCAUAUGACGAAAACUGGGUGAAGACUUGUUUUAUGGAUCAAACCAGAGUAACCUCAUUCUUUAUGACAAACUUCUGAAAGUAACACUACAGGAGAAUGGACCGGAUCACUUGUAAUUUUAAGAACGGGAAUCAUUAUUUUAUUGUGGCUUUAACUGGACCUGAUAGAAUAAGGUUGAAAACUUACUUGUAAGAUUAGAGAACCUCCCAGAGGAAUGAUGGACAUUCACAACAUCUGCUGUUAUCACCUUUUUUCCCUGUGACUUUUAUAUGUAGUGAAAAAACCCACAGAGUCCAGAUGUUUGUCCAUGGUUCCUCAAUCGGUCGCAGUUGUGUUGCAUUGAUUUUCCCUUUCAUUUAGCUGAAAAAUAUGCAGCACUGACAACCACUUCUAUAUGCAGCACUGACAACCACUUCUAUAUGCAGCACUGACAACCACUUCUAUAUGCAGCACUGACAACCCCUUCUAUAUGCAGCACUGACAACCACUUCUAUAUGCAGCACUGACAACCACUUCUAUAUGCAGCACUGACAAC